UCCCCCGGUUGCUCUGAGCUCAGCCCUGGAGAGGCACAACAGCCACGAGUCCUCACGCCUCGCAGCCACCCCUCUGAGGCUCCACAAAUGGUCCCACCCGCAAGCAAGUGGGCGGGUCCGGCUUUGAAAAGCCGGCGGGUCGGGCCUUGAGGUGGAAGGCGGGAAAAUGGCGGAUUCCUCGGGGCGCGGCGCUGGGAAGCCUGCAACCGGCCCCACCAAUCCUAGCAGCGCCAAGAAGAAGGAGAAAAGAGUUCAAGUGUGUCUCUGCAGGUGGAAGAGUGAUUGAGUCCCGUUAUCUGCAGUAUGAAAAGAAGACAACCCAAAAGGCUCCUGCAGGAGAUGGGUCACAGACCCGAGGGAAGAUGUCUGAAGGUGGAAGGAAAUCCAGCCUGCUCCAGAAAAGCAAAGCAGAUAGCAGUGGGGUCGGAAAGGGUGACCUGCAGUCCACGUUGCUGGAAGGGCAUGGCACGGCUCCACCUGACCUGGAUCUCUCUGCCAUUAAUGACAAAAGCAUCAUCAGAAAAACGCCACAGUUAGCAAAAACAAUAGCAAAGAAACCCGAGUCGACAUCAUUUUCUGCCCCUCGGAAAAAGAGCCCAGAUUUAUCUGAAGCGAUGGAAAUGAUGGAGUCUCAGACACUACUGCUGACGCUACUAUCCGUAAAGAUGGAGAACAACCUUGCUGAGUUUGAAAGAAGGGCAGAAAAGAAUUUAUUAAUAAUGUGUAAGGAGAAGGAGAAGCUACAGAAAAAGGCCCAUGAGCUGAAGCGCAGGCUUCUCCUCUCUCAGAGGAAGCGGGAGCUGGCAGAUGUCCUAGAUGCCCAGAUCGACAUGCUCAGUCCCUUCGAGGCAGUGGCCACACGCUUCAAGGAGCAAUACAGGACGUUCGCCACGGCCCUGGACACCACCAGGCACGAGCUGCCCGUGAGGUCCAUCCACCUGGAGGGAGACGGGCAGCAGCUUUUAGAUGCCCUGCAGCGUGAACUGGUGACCACUCAGCACCUCCUGGCAGCGCUUGACAUUGGCGAUUCAGAAGAAAACGUGCAGGUGCUGGACUUACUGAGCGAACUCAAGGACGUGACAGAGAAAAAGGACCUUGAGCUCCGAAGGAGCUUCAGCCAGGUGCUGGAACUCUCCGCAGAGGUGAGCAAAGAGGCAGCCUUGGCAAACCAGGAAGUCUGGGAAGAGACCCAGGGCAUGGCGCCCCCCAGCCAGUGGUAUUUCAAUCAAGAUGGUGCCUGCAGAGAAUCUCGGGGAGCACCCAAGGACACGCCCCUGUCUGAGGACGACAACCUGGGUGCCUCAUCAGCCCCUACUCAGGCCACGUUCAUCAACCCAAAGGAAGACUUUUCUUGAAGCAGCCAGGGAGAAGUCCCGCCCUGUGUCUCUCGUUCAGGGAGGGACUUGUGGUGACUCGUGGUUACAUUCAGGACACUUGAGCACUUUAUACACUACCGUAGCACUGUAGCUAUUUUUAUGUGAUAAUCUUGUUUGAUACUUAAACAGUAACCCUGUUUUGCAGUUGAA